UUUAAGCUGUGGCAAAGAGAGAAAAAUCCCAUGUUUUCUGAAGAAAACACAUUUAUUGCAAAGUUUCUACAAUGUCAUAUCUCAUAAAUAUGAUGCAACACAUCCAACAUCUGGCCAUUAGACUGGAUUAGAACCCGACCUUUUCUUGACACUGUGCAAAGUAAGCAAGAUCACAAAGAAAAAUCACAAAGAAUCCAUAACAAGCCGUUUAUUUCAAGACUUUUGGUCACAUUUUUAGUAACUGUGAAGGUACCUGUACGUUAGAUGGCAACAGUUUAGGUAACAACACAUUUGUUGUUGUCAGGCAUGCCUGGGAAAAAAAAUUGUUUGCCAUCCUACCAUCACAAAUGUAAACUUGUGGAGUUUGAUAGGAUUUUAACAGGAACCAUUUCCUUUGGUUAAAUCAGAUUAAGGUUGAGCAUUUCAGGAACAAACCCUCCAAAUGAUGUGAUAGGAAAGAUGAAAAACUGGGAAACCCCCUCAUGAUAAAUACAGUAGAGGAUGUGUUAUGCUGUGGGCCUCUUUCUCCUCCAUUAGAACCUUAUGAUUUUUUUUUAUAAUCUUGUGAUCUUAGAAAGUGAAAGAAUUUGCUUAUAGUUUUAUAUUUCUGUCCGAUAAUGUCUCUCCAUACAUAAAUUACUAUUGCUCUAAGUUGAAUAACUACUUUUUACUUCUGCCUGACAACAAUAAAUUGAAGGAGUGCUGCUCUUAGUUGAGUACAAUUUUUUUUCUCCUAAAUGGUUCACCAGACAAAGACAACCAGCAAGAUUUCAAAUGAGCAACUUCUUUACUUCAUAUUGCGUGAUGCUACAAUGCAAAUAGAUUAAAUGAGUCCUGCCUUUUGAUCAGAUACGACUGUUUAAACAUAAUCAAGCCACUUCUCAUUUUCAUAUAGCUGAAUGAUAAACGCACAGAGCAGCUCAGAUAGACUGUGAGCUGCUGUCGACUGAGGAACGCCUAAAGCUUUUCUGCUAUUUCAGUUCAAGGCAACAUAGAGCUGAUUGUUUCACAAUGUGUUCUUUCUGCAGCAUCAAAUGUUGGUUCGUUUUCUUCAACGGCAUCUUCUUGGCUUCUGGGGUCGCCCUCAUCACAAUCGGAGCUCUCCAGUACUCGACCUACUCGCAGAUCGGCACUUUUGCAGGGAGCGGCUUGUCCAAAAUCGCCAUCGUCCUCAUUGCAGUGGGUGCCGUCAUCGCCCUUGUGUCCAUUUUGGGACAUUGUGGGGCAUUCCUGAACAAUUCUACCAUGGUGUCUUGUUUCAUCUGCAUCCUGAUAAUCAUCAUCCUUUUGGAGAUAUUUACAGGAGCUGCCUUUUAUAUAUUUCGCAGCAGGACUGCCCUUCUGCAGAUGAACAGCGGGAUCAACACCCAAGCUCGGGCCGCGGUCUACGAAUACAGCCCAAAGAACAGACACGCCAUCAACAGGAUUCAGGAAAAGUUCAGCUGCUGCGGCGCCGACACUUACACCGACUGGUCCAGAAGUGUGGGCUGGGGAAACCAUGAAGCCGUGCCAGAUUCCUGCUGCCCGGAGAAGAGAGAAGGCUGUGGACAUGACAAGGAUAAAGCUCACAAAAAGGGAUGUAUCUCAGCUAUAAAGCUCUUUCUGUUGAAGAAUCUGGUGUGGGUCGGCGGCGUUUGCAUCGCUCUUGGAAUCACAGAGGUGUUUGGAGUGAUAGUCGGAGUGUGCCUCUGUCUGAACAUUAAACGCAAAAAUUAUGAGAACGUCGACUAAUUCAUCAUCACAACCAUCUUCACACAUCAACAAACAAACUAAUAAACUUGUUUGACCAUAAUA